GCAGAGGCAGUCAUUGAGGUUCGCUAAUGAGUCUUCCGAACCUGUGUCCCCAUGUGGAGGAAUGUUUGUACUGUGGUGAGUGAGUGAGCAAAAGAGGGAGAGAGAGUCUUGGACAGAGGGAGAGAGAGUGAGAACCACUACCUGCUCCUCUCACCACUCAAAUAUUUACAACGGAUUUCCGAGCACCGAUGCUGCUGCUUUGGAAGAAACUCAAAUUUGGGAGGCAGUCAGGCUCAGGCAUCUGGGGACAGGCACCCUUCUGCUGCUGUGUUUAGGAGGCGUCUGAUGGAGGAGGAGGUCACAGAACCGGAUCUUCUGACCGGAGGGGGCGAGGCAGGGAGAGGGGCAAGGGCUGAGGCAGGGAGAGGGACUAGGACAGAGGUAAAUGGAGACUUGCCGGGCACCCCCUGCCUGAGGGAGGUGAUGGAGUGUCCCAUGGAGCCAGUGGUGCUGCAGUAUCCCACAGAGCACAAUCAGUAUGGGGAGAAGAUGCCGUUCCACCAUGUGACGGCUGGUCUGCUGUACAAGGGGAACUACCUAAGUCGUUCCAUCUCCAACACAGACAGUGACCAGCUGGCCAGCAUCUCUGUGGAGGAGCUAGACGAAAUCCGGGAAGCGUUCAGGGUGCUGGAUCGCGAUGGCAACGGGUUCAUCUCCAAGCAGGAGCUGGGCAUGGCCAUGCGUUCUCUGGGGUACAUGCCCAGUGAAGUGGAGUUGGCCAUCAUCAUGCAGAGACUAGACAUGGAUGGUGAUGGACAGGUGGAUUUCGAUGAGUUCAUGACAAUCCUUGGACCCAAACUCCUUUCAUCUGAAACAAGGGAAGGCUUCCUGGGAAGUACAAUAGACAGCAUAUUCUGGCAGUUCGACAUGCAGCGCAUCACUCUAGAGGAACUGAAGCACAUCCUGUUCCAUGCCUUUCGGGACCACUUGACGAUGAAAGAUAUUGAGAACAUCAUCAUCAAUGAGGAAGAGAGCCUGAACGAGAACUCAGGGAGAUGUCAGACGGAGUUUGAGGGAGUCCAUUCUUCAAAGAAGAACCGUCAGACUUGCGUGAGGAAGAGUCUGAUUUGCGCCUUUGCCAUGGCCUUCAUCAUCAGCGUCAUGCUCAUCGCAGCCAACCAGAUGCUACGAAACGGCAUGGAGUAGCCACGCCCACUGUGAGCGGAGGAAAAACAUACCUGCAUGUGCAUGCCAGUGGGUGAGGUCAUUUCCUAUUUCUUAGAUUAAAAAAGGAAAAUAAAUGCCUCACUUACGGUAAAAAAAAAAAAAACUGAUGGACAAACAGUUCUUUAUAGUUUUAAUUUUUGAGUGAGUGACACUCCAGGUGUCCAAUGAGACUGAGAAGCAAGCAAGAGGAGUCCACGGAAGACUCCUCCCCUUUACUUUGGCAGGGACAUUCAAGGGCUGACUUUUGCAUAAUUCUGCUGUCUCUGUCGCCUACAUGCAAUAACACCACCAAGUACAGGAGUUCAGACCUCGUCUCUUUACAAACCUACAGUCUAGUGUAUCUGCAGUCCUGUCUCCCGCAGAGAGUCUGAUGAGCUAGCCAGGGAUGCAGUCUGUCCUGAGCCGAAGGACGGAGAGGGGGAAAUAAUUGGCCUCUUAUUUAAGUUCCCAGAGAGAAGUCAGAACACACCACUGAAUGGGAAGAGUAGACAAUGGUGUCAGUACUUGGUCAGUUCUUGGGUUCAAGCUGUAGUAGUGGCUUGGAAGUAAUGUGCGUUUAUGUUUUUGAGCUAUAUUUUCCCGCCGACUUGGACAGUGAUUCUGAUACAGAAGAAAUGACUGGAAACUGUAAUAUUAAACAGAAUCAUUUGAGAGAUCAUUUCAAAUAAAUGACAGAAAAACAGUGUUAAUAAAAAAUAUAUCAUUUUAUCAUGUAGACACAGACAUGCUUCUCUGAAUGUCAUGUGCACUUGCACUGUCUUGCCAAAACCAGUAAGGGUUCAAAUGAGAAUGAUAGAGCCCAUUAAGGCACAUACAUUAUUGUACUGUAGGAAAUAAAGAUUUUCACCUCAUUGGUUUUAAUUGGGACAAGUGUUAAAACUUGUAAACAAGCCUUACCCGUGACCCUUCAUGAUCUUAAAUGACCCAUGAUCCAUCAAGGUAUUUCUGUGUUGACUCUUGGGUAAAUGAUUGAAAACCACCUCUGCUUAUUUAUUUUUGGAGAAUGACUUGUAAUAUGUACUUGCAUGCAAUCAAGUCAACGUCUGUAAAUAACGUAACCCACACGUUUGUCUGUGUUAUCGGGGUAAUAAUGUAUGAAUGUAUAUGCAUGAUUGUCAGUACACUCUGCUCAGACAAGUCCAGAGAUACAGGGAGGGAGUGCUGCAAACCAGAGGCAGCUGCCACACGAUAAUACACAGGACACUGCUCUCUGACUGUGUCACCCUCCAUCUGGCCACAGCCAUAAAACUCUGCAGAGAUGCACUGGUGAACACAAAAUGGAUGCUUUUCGUCUGUCACACCAUUGAAUGAGAACACAUGUAUUUUUUCGGCAGGAACAGCCCAUAAAUGUGUCUUUCGGCUUCCGUUUGUACUUUCCGUACAUACAGAUGAACUGCAGGGGAGAACAAAUGCUCAGGCUUGUGUAAGAGUGCCACCUAGGGGAUAGAUUGUGAAAUCUGGUCUGUUUUCUUAUAGACCCACAAUGUAUGCACCUGUAAUAUUUGACUCAUUGUGUCUUAGUAUGAGGAGUUAUGAUAUGUCAGUAAAAUGUCACUACAUUCUUUUCACAAUGACUAACCAUUCAAUGUUUAACUAUAGUAAGAUUAUUAUCUAUCUUAUCUGUAUAAAGGUUUAUUACAUUCUACCAAAAGGACUGGUGGAACUGUUUGUGAAAACAUUUAAAAUAAAAUAAAAAUGUAUUUAUUAGAAAUUAUUAUGAUUUGCCAAUGGCAGGAAAGCUCCCUCUGUCCUUGAAGAGGUUAUAUUCAAAACAAUGUUUAUCCAGUGCCAUUUUUUAAUAGCACCUACUUGACAUUUUGUUGAUCUAUAAUGUUAAAAUAAGAGCAUCUUGUGCAAUAUUAUGUUCAAAAUAUUGUAGGGUACACUGGAGGACUAAUGAUACCCACUUUAGUCUGAGGGAAAAGAAGACUUAAUUUGCAGUCAUUCACAAUUGUAAUGGAACUGGAAAAGCAAUGUGAGAGUGUUUUGUUAAGCUCCCAAAUCUGUCAGGACUCCCAAUGCGCACUGUAAAACCUGGAUACACAAUUCUAAGUAAUGACACUGUAGCUAUCCUCAAUGCAUGUCUUGAAAUGACUGAGAUGAUUGAAUUUGAGUCCAUUUAGGGUGUAAACCUCUGCGGCCUCACUGAAGUAGCAUGACGGUUGAGUCAGCCAGGGUUGUGCUGUAUAACAUUGUACAUAGCUAGUAUGUAAACAAAACACAUGGAUAUACACACACACACACACAUACGUAAACUCUGCAUGCACAACAUUUAAAACAUGUAGACAAGUAGCCAAGAUUUUAAGUUGUAAUAUUAAUGACAGACUUAAAAAUUGUAUGUAAAUAUACAAAUCUGUACAAAGGUAAAUUGGAAAGCAUUUAUGCAAUAAAACAUGUUUUUGUAAACUG